GUGGAGUGAUGAGUACUAUAUAUUUAUAUAAACCCUGUUUGAUUAGUAUCACAUAGAGUUUAGACAUAAUAAGUUCAAUCGCCAACAUGAAGACGACAGUAUCAUUAUUAGUGUUGGUGUUAAUUUCAAUUUAUGGUGUAAACAGUGCCAAAAUUUUGGGCGUUAUGCCUGUUACUGGUCGCAGUCAUUAUAUUCUCGUAAGUACCCUAAUGAGAGCUCUGGCUGAAAAAGGCCACGAUGUUACCGUUAUAAGUUGUUUUGGGGAAAAGAACCCUCCAAAAAAUGGGACUUACAGAGAUAUCGUCGUGACAGAAGGUUUAGAAGAAAUGCAAAAACUAGCGCCUGUAGUAAACAUGAAUAUGUUCGAUUUGGAUAAAUCAAAUCCAUUUGUUGGUGCAAUUUUUAUGGCAUCCAUGUUUCCUGCAAUGACAGAAGUAAUGCUGAAAAACGAAAAUGUUCAAAAGUUGAUUAACUCUGGUGAAAAGUUCGAUGUUGUUAUUGUGGAACAGUUUGCUAAUGAUGCACAAAAAGCUCUCUCUACGCAUUUUGGAGCACCUUUGGUUAGUCUCAGUGGACUAGGAGCAAACUACUGGGUAAACUCCUUAGUAGGAAAUCCUUCACCACCAUCCUAUAUUCCCGAUCUUAUGCUAGACUACUCAGUUCCAAUGACAUUUUGUGAAAGAGUUGUUAAUAGUAUUGUUUAUGUUUUUAAUGAGUUUUUGCACAAGUUCUAUAUUUUUUCCAAACACAACGAAAUUAUGAAAAAAUAUAUCCCAAAUGCACCUACCCAUAUCAGUGACGUACUUUACAACAAUUCCAUUGUUUUGAUGAACUCUCAUCCCAGUAUUAACCAACCAGUCCCAUAUGUACCCAACAUGAUCGACAUUGGAGGUUUUCAUGUCAAACCCCCGAAAAAACUACCAAAAGACCUACAAGAAUUUUUGGACAAUGCGAAAGAUGGUGUCAUUUACUUCAGCAUGGGUUCAAAUUUAAAAAGUGCGGAAUUACCGAAUGAGAAACGUGACGCAAUUCUUAAAACUUUUUCAAAAUUGAAAGAAAAAAUCCUGUGGAAAUGGGAGGAAGACGAACUUCCAGGAAAACCACCAAAUGUUAAGACUGCAAAAUGGUUACCCCAACAAGACAUACUUGCACACCCAAAUGUUAAACUUUUCAUAACUCACGGUGGUCUCUUAAGUACCAUCGAAACAAUUUAUCAUGGGGUACCCAUUCUGGCCAUACCUAUUUUUGGUGAUCAAAAAAUGAACGCAAGGUCUGCUGUUAAAAGUGGUUAUGGUGUUUAUCUUGCUUAUAGUGAACUAAAUGAGGAAACGAUGACUAACAGAUUAAACGAAGUAUUAAAUAAUAAAAAGUACAAAGAAAAUGUUCAAACGCGCUCAAGGCUUUUCCACGACCGUAUUGUUAGUCCUUUAGACACUGCUAUUUAUUGGAUUGAAUAUGUUAUUCGACACAGAGGAGCACCUCAUUUGAGAGUUGCCGCCCUGGAUUUACCAUGGUACAAAUAUUUUUUGUUAGACGUUAUUGGAGUGAUUGCUUUAGUAUUUCUAAGUUCGUUACUUAUUUUCUGUUACAUUAUAAAACUAAUUGUUAGAAAAAUAUGUUCAAAAAGACCUAAAAAGGGCAAGAAAACAAAGAAAGAAUAAAUUGAUACUUUUUUGUAAACACUGUAUGUAGGUACCUUUUUAAAUAAAUAAAUG